AAUUUUAAUUUGCAUUUUCAUACCAGCGUUGAGCUUUCAUUGACUGCACCAUAGCUUUCAUUGACUACACCAUCUUCAUUUCUCGUGCUAACCAGUAAAACCCAGCAUCCCAAAGUGAACGAUCAAGUAACACUCGUGAAGCCAUGAAAGUUCUGCUAAAUCCCCAACCUCUUCUCUCCCCAUCGCACUCUAUUUCACCCCAAAAACCCCGAAACUUCACUCUCUUCCAGGCUCAGCCAUGUCCCAAAUAUCGCCGCCGUUGGAUUGGGCGGCGAUGUCUGUCGUCCUCGCCGAUGGCCGUGCUGGAUUCCGACACCGUCGAGAAGCCCGGGGUUCCGGAGUUCGACCUGCAGAACCCGUCGCUGUCCUCUUCGUAUCGCAGUCCGGCAUUGCCGAAGCCGAACCAGACUGUGCUGGAAGCACAAACUAGGGUCUGCACCGGCCCAACGCAGACUCGACCGCUCGAUGAACAACAAGCCUUCAAGGUGUUCGAGACUAUUCUUCAAUCAGCUAAGGGAGAACUCAAGGAUGAGGAAGAAGUUUCUAAAGCGCAACUUGGGGCAUUUUUCGCGGCAAUGACCAUCCGUGCGAAUGCCUUUCCAGAAGCGACACAGUGGAGUGAAGGGGAAACAAAGGCAAUGAAGAUGUUCUGGCCACUUCUGGUUAGAGUGCUUCCACCUGAUGUGGUUUUUGUGGCAGACCCUGAAGGAUCGAUGAUGGGGGUAGGGAGCUCAAUUGGACCAUCGUAUGUUGGCAAUGGCACCAGCGAAAUGAGAUUAGUUGGUGCUCUUAGAGAGGUGCUGGCUGGAGGCCAUCUUGGAUUUGAGGAAGUCCAAGGUUUGUUGAAGGAUGUUCUUCCCUUCCAAGAGGGAGGUGAAAAACAUCAAGGAGUAAGUGAGGCUUUGCUUGCGGCAUUUUUAAUAGGUCAAAGGAUGAACCGGGAAACUGACCGUGAACUAAAAGCAUACUGCCUUGCAUUUGAUGAUGAAUGUGGUCCCCCUCCGGUUGCUGAUGUCAGAUCAUUAACUCAUUAUGGCGAACCUUAUGAUGGUAACACACGCUUCUUCAGGAGUACAUUAUUUGUGGCCGCAGUUAGAGCUUCGUAUGGUGAAUCUUGCUUGCUUCAUGGUGUAGAUUGGAUGGCACCUAAGGGGGGAAUAACUGAAGAGCAGAUGUUAAAGUAUAUGGGGGCAAAUAUAAACUUAUCCCCUAUUAAGGCCAAGAAACUUCUCGAGGAUGAUGAAGUUGGUUUUGCUUAUGUAAGUCAGCGUGAAGCUCGUCCAUCUCUCUACUCUUUAAAUAAGAUAAGGGAGCACAUAAAGAAACGCCCUCCGCUUGCAACAACUGAAAAGGUUCAGCAAUAUGUAAAGGCAAGUGGUAAGGAAGCUAUUGUUGCUGGAUUUUAUCAUGAAGGUUAUGAUGAAUCAUUGUUAAUGCUCAUGAAAAGAAGGGGUGUACAUUCUGGUUUGGUAGUGAAGGGAGAGGAAGGGGCCCUCUCAAUGACUACAAGAUCGCGAUCAGGUAACACAACUAAGGGACUUCCAGUGAACUACUGUUCAGGUUUUCGUUCACUCAACACUUCAUCCACAUCAGAACCUGGUGGAGUGACACGUCAAGGUUUUAGUCUCAAGGUCAAAGCCAAGGACUACGGUUUCAAACCCACUGACACACCAAGAACUGAUAGAUCUAUCGCAAAAAACAUUGUAUACGGUUUAGAAGCUCUCUGGGGAAAAAAGGGACCAGCAUAUGAUCGAAUUGUCUUGAAUGCUGGAAUGGUGGAUCAUUUGCUUGGAGUUGAUGGUGCAGAAGACGUAUCUGCAGCCCUAGAUCGAGCCAGAGAGGCCAUUGACAGUGGUAAUGCUCUGAAACGGCUCUUAAACUAUAUCAAGGCCUCCCACAGAGUUGAUUGAAUUAGUCCAAAAAAGCAUUGCAAAUAACAUUUAGGUCCCAAAUAAUGAACAGUUUUUUUUUAGAAGAGAAACUAGUUGAUUUAUGAAUCGUUUGAGGUUUAGGUUGUGUUUGUACAACUUUCGCCAACAUGCUUGGACACCACACAUUGCAGUGAUUGUAAGUAAUUUCACGUGCUAGUUGUCAAUAUUAAAUUUUUUGUGCAUUGUUUUAUUAGAA